AUGUCAUUUGAAAGCCUCCCAGUCGAGCUGUACCUAGAGAUAGCCUCGCACCUGCGCCUCCGCGACCUCAUCAUCUUCCGCAGCGUAUCUCAACGUCUACGUUCUACCAUCAACGCUAAUAUAUCAUCUGUUCGCCCCACCGCUCGUCGGGAGUUGCUGCGCUUAUGGGACCGAGUAGUCAAAUCACCCUACUUCCUGCCCAGCCGCCAGCACAUCAUCCCGCACUUGCGAAGCUUCGACCGCCACACGCAUCUUACCUCGUUGCCUUACGCAGCAACGGGACAGCUACAACUGCCUGAUGAGUUCGAGACCUGGAUCCUGGAGUGGCCUGCAAAGUCUGUGAUUGGUUGGAUAUGGCCUGGAUUGGACCAAGGACCGUACUAUCAACCUUCAUACAACGAAUUCCACGACAAGCCUUGUGCGGACGUAUGGUGGCAGCUAGCUGGCGGGAAUCCGCUAGGGCCUACGACUGCGUACCGGCAUGUUUAUCCGUUUACCGUGAAGAAAGGGGAGGGCGGUGGGGACAAAGAACCCUUCUUGUGGCUCAAUUGGCGCUUCUCUGGAUGGUCUGACGACGAUGACAUUGGUUUCGGAUUACCAGUGUGGAUGGUCCUGCCCGGAGAUCAGCAGCAUUGGGCCUUUGGGACCGGGCAUAUGCUCAUCGUUUCGGGGUUGGGACCUGCUUACGACGGUACGGUGCAGCUGUUCGAAGAGGGAUUUGUGGAUGAGGGGGACGGGGGGAGGCUGCUUCUCAAGGAUACACCGGAUGACGAGGAUUUCCGUAAAUAUCCUUAUAGGGGUUGGGGCAACAGAAAAACAAAGCUGUGGUUUCGGGGUCAAUCUUGGACAGACUGGUUACAGAAGCAGCUGGAGAUUUUGGAAGAGGGACAUGAUUUCUGGGAUUGGGAAGCGUGGAGGUUCAAAGCGAUUGACGCGGAGCAUAUGCCAUGCAAUGAACAGUAA